AUGGCUAAAAUGGUUGUCUUACUGGUUUUGUUCACAUUGUUUCUCUCUUUUAGCACAAAUGAGGUUGGUUGCAAGAGAAUAUAUAGAGAAGAUCACAUGGAGUUGAAAAGGCAACUUAAGCUUUCAAAUAAGUUGGCCAAGAAAACUAUUCGGACAAAGUAUGGCGAUACAUAUGAUUGCAUAAAUCUCUAUGAACAACACUUCAAUUAUCGUUCACUCAAGAACCAUACUAAUGAUUUUCCGGUGAGAUCUACCUCCAACCCUAAAGGAAUCAGAGACCAAAAGUCUUCACCACUAUUUAACCCGUCUAAUUUUUGGCUAAACGGGAAAGGUUGUCCAGAUGGUAUGGUUCCCAUUAAGAGAAAUACAGAGGAUGAUCUCAAAAGGGCAAAGUUAGCUACAGAGAUACAUAACUCAAAAUAUAAACCGCUCACUAUUGAUAGACCUGGUACUCAUUAUGCUAUACUGCGGACAAAAAAUACGAACAUCGUGUACCAUGGAGGUUCUGCAAUUAUCAGCAUAUAUAACCCAAAAGUUGAAGGAACUCAAUACAGUUCUGCUCGCAUAAAGGUUCAAAAUGGUCCAGAUAGCAUAGAAGUUGGAUGGACAGUAAAUCCAACCUUGUACAACGAUACUCAGACCCGACUAUACACAUUUACAAAAACGUCUAAUUCCUCAUGCUUCAAUACAUUAUGUAAUUCAAUAAUUCCUACAAGUACGGAUAUUCCUCUCGGCAUUCCUAUAGUGCCAAUUUCAACGCCAGAACAGCAAUUUGACAUGAAAUUCACGCUUUUUUGGGAAGCUGCCAAUGGAAACUGGUUUCUAAAAUUUGGUCAAGAUGAAACUGAAAUCGGAUUUUGGCCAAAAAAUGUAUUCACUGCUUUAGGAGACGGUGCAAAGUACGUUGAAUGGGGAGGAGAGGUUUUUAGUCCUCCAGGUGUGCCUAGCCCUCCCAUGGGCUCUGCCUAUAGUGCACACUUAAUGCAAGACACCAAAUAUGAUGCAUAUUGCAGGCAAAUUAAAACAAUUAAUGAGACUGAUUAUGUUGUUAACGCUGUUGAUACCGAAAAAUUUUCUGAUAUUGAACAAUAUGAAGUUCUUGAUGAAGGAAUAACAGGUGCAGCUGAUUUUCAGCACCUAGUACUGUUUGGGGGUGUGGGUGGUUAUACAGGGACUUAA